AUGUCACGACCAGGCCCUUCGAGAAACCUCACCUUGACGGAGGAGCUCGAGAAGCUCGAGCAAUCAAUCACCCUCACCCUGCAGGAGAUCGACCACAACUUCAGCAAGGCGCACCGCAUCGUGACGAGCAGCAUCCUGCCCCUCGUCGAGCAGUACGGCGAGCACUCCAAGAACGUCUGGGAGGCGUCCAAGUUCUGGAAGCAGUUCUUCGAGGCCUCGGCCAACGUCUCGCUCUCCGGCUACGAGGAGCUGGCCAACGAGAAUGGCGGCGAAGACAACACGGCCAGCGUGACCGAAGGCGCCGGCGGAGACGACGAGACGACCCGCAUUGCGGACUCGACCACGUCCGAAGAGGAAGAACACGAAUACACGCCCGCAGGCCACGACCAGGAUGACACGGGCGACCAGUCGGCGUACGCGGAACAUACCCGGCAUCGCGAUGUCGAGGAUUCCCUGCUCGAUGACGGUUCUCUGGCGGGUAGCACCCCCAGGCCGCCGGCCACGAAAUCCAUGAGGACGAUGCAGUUUGCGGAGAUGGACAGCCCUUACGAAACUCUCCGCCGCGAGAUGAAGAACGAGGCUGCAGCGACCAGCAGCCAUGAUUUCAUGCACCAUGACGAGGACGAGGAUGAGGACGACACAAUGCAACUGCCAGAUAUGGCGACACAGACGAGACUGCCGGACAUGUCGAUGAACCCAAUGUCGUCAAGCAUUCUCGAGGCGCCGUCGCCGAUGCAGGAUCGCGGGGCAAAGGGCAAGAACAAAGAUCCGUUGCUCCACAAGUUACUGGACAAGAACUACAGGAUCCAGGCUACGCCGCAUAAGCUGUCUCCCGUCAAGCUACCUCCGGGACGGGCGCCCGUAGAAGACAAGGAUCUGACGCGGCGCGCUCUGUGGCAGAACAGCCCCAUGAGCUCGCCCGAGAUUGCGGCGCCGACCCUCCGGACGAACCUCUAUAGCGCGGCAUCUCCUUUGAAAUCGAGAGGCAUGCCAAGGGGACUAGGAGAUGGGCCGAGAACACCGGGCGUCAGUGUACAGACACCUGCUACGUCACGUAAAACAAGAGAUGUCUUCGCAGAGGAGAAGGGCAAGAGCAAGAGGGAUCCGGACGAGAUGUAUUGGAGCGACGAUGACGACGAUGAGGCCUUUGGCGGCAUGAGUCCUCCGAAAACUAUUCAGUUUGCCUUGCCGCCGAGCAAGCUCAUGCAAACCCCUGCACGAGAAGCGAGCAAGCGCAUUGUAGAUGAUAUCUUGUUGACGGCUGGUGCGGCCCCUCAAUAUCUCGAGGACGAAGAAUACAGUCCGACGAUGGUGAAGAUGAACAAGGACAUACUAGACGAUACAUUUUAG